GCCCGCGCAGCCUAGUUGGCGCCACCUGCAGCCCGGGAGGCCGAGCGUCAUGGCGGCGAUUUGUCCGCUUCCGGGGACCCCCGACCUGCCCACGCUGCGCUCCAAGUUACAUGGACUGCUGCGGUUCCUAAGGGACGCUUUACCCAUUUCCAACGCGCAUACGGUAGACUUCUACACAGAGUCGGUGUGGCAGGAGCUGGUCGACAUGCCCCCAGAGACUGUGCUGGCGACGCUGAGAAAGUCAGCGGCGGAGCCGAGUGCGGCGCGCCCCCUGCUGGGAGCCGAGGCGGGAUCUGGAUUUACUGCUCUUCCCAAAGUAUUUUGUGAAACUUCCCAGAAGCUGCUGAAUGUGGAAGCCUUUGCUCUGGUGGCAAAACACUAUUCCGUACAAACUUUGGGAAUAUGCACUCCUUUUGAGGAGCUGCUUACAGCCCUUCGAGAAAAUAGAAAACAGAGAGUUGGUCAAACUAUGAAGGCAAUUGAGUUUAUGAAUAUGAAAAAAUCUCAUGAAGUUCAAGCAAUGUCUGAGCUAAUCUGCAGUAUUGCUGAUCACUAUGGCUUAAAGCAAGUAAUUGAUGUGGGUUCUGGUAAAGGCUACCUAAGCUCCUUUCUGUCCUUAAAAUAUGGCUUAAAAGUUUAUGGCAUUGAUUCCUCAAAUAUCAAUACUCAUGGAGCUAAGGAGAGGAACAGGAAACUGAAGAAACAUUGGAAACUGUAUCAUAUUCAGUCAAGAGGAGACGCCAGUGAACUGCCAUUCAAAAUGGCAGAAGAAAUAAAACUGAAAAAGAAAAUAAAAUGUAAGGCAGAUUUUGAGGAAGUAUGUAACGACAGCCCUGCAAAUCAAGAAAAGAUGUCUGCCUCGGGCGUUCUACCAAAUACUUCAGGGUCUGCAGUUUCAAACAUCAGAAAACAAAUGGAAAAUCUACGUGUUCAACCACUUGAAGAAGAAAAUCUGUGUCUUGAAAAUGCCUUUUCUCUCAUAGACUUUUUGCCUGUCAAUGCUGUAGAGCCUGCUUCUUCAUCCCAAGUGCGUAACAGAGAAAUGUCUGAAGCCAGUACAGGGAGAAGAAGCAUGACAUCAGAAUCAAGUGAAUCAAGUAUAUACUCACCGGUAACCUCUUUUAUCAAGGCUGAUUCAGAACUGCAUGACAUCAUUAAAGAUCUGGAGGAUUGUUUAAUGGUAGGUCUGCAUACUUGUGGUGAUCUGGCAGCAAAUACUCUGAGGAUAUUUACUUCCAAGUCUGAGGUCAAGGGAGUUUGCAGUGUGGGUUGUUGCUACCACCUCUUAUCUGAAGAGUUUGAAGGCCAGCAUAAAGAAUGUACUCAAGAAAAUUGGGGAUUUCCAAUGUGCCACUAUUUAAAGAAGGAGAGCUGGUGCUGUGGCCGUAAUGCAAGAAUGGCAGCAUGUUUGGCAUUGGAACGGGUUACACUUGGACAAGGGCUGCCUACCGAAUCACUCUUCUAUCGUGCUGUUCUUCAGAAUAUUAUUAAAGAUUAUUAUGGCAUCGCCAAAUGUGAUCGGCAUGUUGGUAAAAUUUAUUCCAAAUGUUCUUCCUUUCUGGAUUAUGUCAAAAUGUCUCUAAAGAAGCUUGGAUUAGAUGAGUCCAAGCUCCCAGAAGAAAUUAUAAUGGAGUACUUCAAGAAGUAUAAGCCUAGAAUGAAUGAGCUGGAGGCAUUUAAUAUGUUGAAAGUUGUCCUGGCCCCUUGCAUAGAGACACUGAUUCUUCUUGAUCGACUUUGUUACCUAAAGGAGCAGGAAGAUGUUGCCUGGGCUGCGCUCGUGAAGCUGUUUGACCCUGUGAAAUCCCCCAGGUGCUACGCUGUUGUUGCUCUGAAGCGGCAGCACUGAUUUCAGUUGAAACAAGUUAUUAGUUGAUCUGUUUCUGGGACUUUCAGCUAAGAUUGCUUUUAUAAACAUUUAUAUUGUUAUGUAAAUAUUUUUAAAUGUUUAGUAUAUUUUAAAUAAAAUAAUGGGUAACAACCUAAGAUCACAAAUUUUCCAUUGUCAAAGCGUAUAAUAAAAAAAGAACUUAUGAAAAUAAGUUCCUUGAGUAUGUCAAUAGCAGAUUGUAAUUCUGUCUUAAUUCUUAUUCAAUAUUUGAAUCCUUGUUAUUUACCACACAUCACACUCUGAUGCUUUAAGAAAAGAAGAAAAGGAAGAAGAAAAUGCAGCUGUCCUCAAAUGCUGAGGUGUGUUUGCACUUUUCUCUACAUUUUGGAAGAGUGUUCCACAUUACCAUGAGGGCAAAAUCAACAGUCAGAAGGAGCUAAGCCAGUUAUAAAAUGUGUCUAAUGUAGAGCACAUUUUACCAUGUUUUAAUCUAAAUUUUAUUCCCUUAAAGAAAUGUGCAUCUUAUAAGUAAGUCACUUUGAGGAUUCUUGAUGCUAUUUAUGUUACUAAAAUGAAGUGAUGGGCAGGAAUUACCUUGUGCCCUAUAAAAACCCAGCCUGAGUAAAGCCAGAUUGAGUAAAAGGAGAUAGCUCCCUGCCUAGUGUGCAGCAAGUUUCUUUCACAGGAGACAAAGUUUCUUAUGUACACAGAAGAGACAACUGGGAGAAGGCUUCCUUGAUGCUCAGCUAGACAGUCCCUCUGUUUUAGUUUGCCUUCAAUUACCAUGACAAAAACACUGACCAAAACCAUCU